AUGCACAACAUCAUAGAACACCAUCCAGACAUGGCUACUGCGCUAUUAGCUGGUGAAAAGCUCAAGGAGCUGAUCCUUCCGGGGCAACAAGAUGAGAAAGGCUCGCCCUUUGCAGCCUUCAUGGUUCAACUAAAGCUAGAACUUCCAUUCGACAGAGUAGUGUCCAUCGGGACAGUCAUUAUCCCUAUCCUAUUAGUCACAUUGGUAUUCACUAAAAAUUUUGCAGAGGAGUCAAUAUACUGUUACACGCCGAGCAAUUUCACCCGCGACCAGGCUUUGUACGCUAGAGGUUACUGUUGGACUGAGCUGAAGGAUGCUGUGCCAGGGGUUGAAGCCAGCCAGAGGCCUUCCUUGUUUGAACACAAGUUCCUUCCCUAUGCACUACUCGCCUUUGCUGGGAUCAUGUACAUCCCUGUCCUGGGAUGGGAAUUCCUCGCGUCUACCAGGCUGACUUCCGAACUGAACUUCCUGCUUCAGGAAAUAGACAACUGCUAUCACCGUGCUGCCGAGGGGCGGGCUCCGAAGAUAGAGAAGCAGAUCCAGUCCAAAGGGGCGGGCAUCACGGAAAAAGAGAAGAGAGAGAUCAUUGAAAACGCCGAGAAGGAGAAGAGUCCGGAACAAAACCUUUUUGAGAAAUACUUGGAGCAGCGGGGGCAAAGCAAUUUCUUGGCUAGACUGUACCUCUCAAGGCAGUUGUCAGUUGUAUUCUUGAGUGUCAUCCCAAUCACGUAUCUCUGUACUUACUACGCGAAUCAGAAGCAGAAUGAAUUCACCUGCCCCUUGGGGGAGCCCCCAGACUUGUCCAGCAAUGAGAUGCUCCACGUCCGUGUCAACUGCAAACUUCCUUCAGUGCAGAUGCAGCGCAUCAUUGCCAUUGUAGACAUUGUUCUGCUCUGCUUCAUCAAUCUCAUCAUUCUGAUAAACCUAAUCCAUCUUUUUAUAGUUCGGAAGUCCAACUUUAUUUUUGAUAAACUACACAAGGUUGGAAUCAAGACUAAAAAACAGUGGCUGAAGUCACAGUUUUGCGACAUUAAUAUUUUAGCGAUGUUUUGCAAUGAAAACCGCGACCAUAUCAAAUCACUGAACCGCUUAGACUUCAUAACAAAUGAGAGUGAUCUAAUGUAUGACAACGUGGUGCGGCAAUUGCUGGCUGCUCUGGCCCAGUCCAACCACGAUGUCACUCCAACAAUGAGGGAUGCAGGAAUUCAGACAAUUGAUCCCAGCGUCGACCCAGCCGACAUCGACAGCAACGAGCAACUGGUCAUAAAGAGGCCCAGAAAGAAAAUGAAAUGGAUUCCAACCACAAACCCACUGCACCAGCCUUUCAAAGAGCCUUCGGCUGCCUUGAAGUUUGAGAACAACAAAGGAGAAAAGCCCAAGCCAGUGCGACGCAAGAUGGCGACAGACAGUCUCGCAGCUCCUCUCCUGGACUCCACUCCAAAGUACUUCCAAGAUCAACCGUCCAAUAAAAGCGAAGGGAGCGUCUCUGCUAAUGGUGAGAAGAAGCACAGUCGACACUUGUCUUUGGAUGUUCAUCCUUAUAUCCUUAACACCAAAAAGACAAAGCCUGAAAAUCAGGCAAGUUGCACAUCUAAGAGUCAAGAGGGAGACUUCUUACAUUCAGAAGAGAACAUGCUGUCACACGUGGCAUCUCCUAUCAAAGAUAGUAAUCUGUUUGAAGGAGGUGCUACAAGCAAUAUUAAAUGUUCAUCAGAGAGCUGCCUAACGCUACCUGACAGUAGACCUUACUGUACCAACUACACGAACAACUUGCCUACGGCAGAAAAAGCUAUCCGCGAAGCAAGACCACAAUUCAACCGUAACCCUACUCUCCCACUCAUCGACAUCCAGAAUAUUCAGACGCUCUAUGAAGACCACGAAGAUGAAGCAUUUGCCCCCAGCUUGCUAAACGCUAAAGUAAUUUCCUCCGCAAACACAGAGGAUCUACCCAUACGUUCACCAGAGAAGAUAUUACUCACUACUUUUGAAGAUCCUGUAGUAAUGGUUAGCACAAUAGAGUAUUAG